AUGUGGCUACUGGUGAAGAACUACCUUCAGAAGACCAUGGUGAACAUUAUUAAUUGCCCUUCACAAAGUUCUGACUUGAAUCCCAUUGAAAAUCUGUGGGGCGAGCUGAAAACCAAGGUCCAUGCCAGAGGACUAUCGAAUCUGGAGGAGCUUGAGAGCUUCGCCAAAGAAGAAUGGACUGGGAGUCCUACGAAGACGAGUCUGGUGAAGCUGGGAAUCCACUGUGUCACAUGUCAGAAAGUCGCCAUAAAGAUCGUCAACAGAGAAAAGCUCAGCGAGUCUGUGCUCAUGAAGGUGGAGCGGGAGAUAGCCAUUCUGAAACUCAUAGAGCAUCCCCACGUUUUAAAGCUGCACGACGUCUACGAAAACAAGAAAUACCUGUACCUGGUGCUAGAGCAUGUGUCUGGUGGGGAGCUGUUCGACUACCUGGUGAAAAAAGGACGGUUAACGCCCAAAGAGGCCAGAAAGUUCUUCAGACAGAUCAUCUCAGCCCUGGACUUCUGCCACAGUCACUCCAUAUGCCACAGAGAUUUGAAGCCUGAGAACUUGUUGUUAGACGAGAAGAACAACAUCAGGAUAGCAGACUUUGGCAUGGCGUCUCUGCAGGUCGGGGAUAGUCUGCUGGAGACCAGCUGUGGAUCUCCGCACUACGCCUGCCCAGAGGUUAUCAGGGGGGAGAAGUAUGACGGGAGGAAAGCAGAUGCAUGGAGCUGUGGAGUCAUUCUGUUUGCACUUUUAGUGGGCGCUCUGCCUUUCGACGAUGACAACCUGAGGAAUCUUCUGGAAAAAGUGAAGCUGGGAGUUUUCCACAUGCCACACUUCAUCCCUCCAGACUGUCAGAACCUCCUGCGUGGGAUGAUCGAAGUGGACGCCAGCAAGAGGCUCACGUUAGAGCAGAUCCAGAAGCAUACAUGGUACCUAGCCGGGAAGAACGAGCCGGAGCCAGAGCAGCCAGUCCCCAGGAAGGUGGCCAUCAGGACGCUGGCUUCAGCCGAGGAGAUCGACCCCGAUGUCCUGGAGAGCAUGCACUCUCUGGGCUGCUUCAGAGACAAGGACAAACUCACCAAAGACCUGCUGUCUGAGGAAGACAACCAGGAAAAGAUGAUCUACUUCCUGCUGCUGGACCGUAAAGAGAGGUAUCCGAGCCACGAGGACCAGAACCUGCCGCCACGUAACGAGAUCGCAGACCCUCCCAGGAAGCGUGUGGAUUCGCCCAUGCUUAGUCGUCACGGUAAGAGGAGACCAGAGAGGAAGUCCAUGGAGGUGCUGAGCGUCACAGAGGGCGGGUCUCCUGUUCCUGUACGGCGAGCCAUCGACAUGGCAACGCACGGUCAGAGGUCACGGUCGAUCAGCGGAGCCUCCUCCGGUCUGUCCACCAGUCCUCUCAGCAGCCCCAGGGUGACCCCCCACCCCUCCCCCAGAGGGAGCCCUCUCCCCACCCCCAAAGGCACCCCAGUGCACACGCCCAAGGACAGCCCGGCCGGCACACCGAGCCCGACGCCACCGCCAAGCCCGUCCAUUGGCGGUAUGCCAUGGAGGACACGCCUCAACUCCAUCAAGAACAGCUUCCUGGGCUCGCCACGCUUCCACCGCAGGAAAAUGCAAGUUCCCACCCAGGAGGACAUGUCCAGUCUGACUCCAGACUCGUCCCCAGAACUGGCUAAGAAGUCGUGGUUUGGGAACUUCAUCAACCUUGAGAAAGAGGAGCAGAUCUUCAUCGUGAUCAGAGACAAACCUCUGAGCUCCAUAAAGGCAGACAUCGUCCACGCCUUUCUCUCUAUCCCGAGUCUGAGCCACAGCGUCAUCUCUCAGACUAGUUUCCGGGCGGAGUACAAGUCCACGGCCGGUCCGACGGUUUUCCAGAAGCCUGUAAAGUUCCAGGUGGAUAUCACCUACACGGAGAGCACCAGCGCCACCAAGGACAAUGGCAUCUACUCUGUCACCUUCACCCUGCUCUCAGGUCCCAGCCGACGUUUUAAGCGUGUGGUGGAGACCAUCCAGGCUCAGCUGCUCAGCUCCAAUGACCAGCCCGGCAUCCAGCCGCAGAUAUCUGGCAGCCCGUUGAGUAACUUCUUUGACGUAAUUAAACAGCUUUUUUCAGACGAGAAGAACAUCCAAGCAUCCCAUCCCCCUGGCGCCCCCGCCACGCCUAGCUCCCCUGCCAAGCAUGCCCCCAGCAGCAAGCCCAACCAGCCCCCGCCCAAUGACUCUAAAUGCCCCCCUGGCAAAGACAAAACAAAGAUGGCCGCCAGCAACAGGACACAGGAACAACCUUAAGGAGCGGUAGCCGUGCAUGACUAAAGCUGAGCAGUUAUCAGGUCAUACAGUGACAGAGGAGCUGCUGACUUUACCCUUUAGUUAGGAGAAAAGAAAUCUACUUUUUGCCUAUAAAUUUUCUACUCUAUAACAGGAAUGGCUCUUUCAGUUUAAAGUCGAUCAGUAUUUUAUGAUAAGUAGCAGAUGUAGCUUUGUCGUCCCUUCACUCUGUCCCUCUCUGUGUCGGUGGGUGCGUUUCCUUCUCACAUGUGUGACGGCUUCACUUGUCUCUGCCACCAGGGAUCAUCCACAAUAACUAUUAGCCUGCAGAGCGGCCCGCCAACGCCGAGAGAGCCCGACAAACUGAAGACAAAGGACUCCUCCCCCGUCCUCCCUACUCUUCACUCUGUCCCCAGCAGACCAAACUCACUCAGACGAGCUGUAAAAAGAAAAAAAAGCCUUAAGACAGUGAUGUUUGUCGAUCUACACAGACACCCUCUCCUCCUUUCUCUUUCUUCGAUUCCUCCCACAUGUACAUAAAAACACAAACUCUACACAAACUUCUUCGCGGGAUGUAAUGACUUGCACACGCUGACGAACAGGAGGGGUGAACGAAGCGGAGCAGAUGGACGGACGUUUGGGCGAACGCUGGCUGGAUUGUAGUUAUUUUUGUUGUCGUCUUUCUUUGUGAGCGGGCGAAUCUUUGGAGCGCGCUCAGUGACGUUUGUGUAAACGGGUUCUCACAGUUGAAACCUGCCCGUAAAAGUACGAUAAAAGGGGAGGUGUUACAUAAAUGAAUGAUUUAUUCAGUUGUACAGAUUAAAUAAUGUUCCGUAUGUAUAAAAGGUGUAGUUGUGACAUGUUUUAGAGUUGUGUUGCCAUAAUUCGGUUUUGUGUUCAGACCUGGUCACACCAGCAGGAAGGCUGCAAGUUUUUCUUAUAACCUUCUUAAAGUAACUGUGAAGUGUGGAGUCACAUUCUAGUAUUUUUUCAUGCAGACUACAUUUUGGUAGAUUUUGACCCAAAUUUGUGUUGCUCAUCAGUACAAAAAGUCGUCAUAUGAACAAAAUUCAAAUGAAUAGAGCAAAAAAAGGAGGUAAAUGGACUUGAGCAUGUAUAGCGCUUCUACACCACAGGUCAUAUUCACCCAUUUUCACAACCUAAUGCACUGAUUGCCAAUCUUUUUUCCUUAGGGCCCCCCAUUCAUAUCUAGGAAAAGCCAAGCCCCCCCCAAGGCCCAUUGGGAAAAUUAAAGAUCAAUUUUAAUUAUUUUCGUUGAAAAAAAAUCCCAUCAAACAAGGCCCACAUACAUUUGUUCUUGCCAAAAAAGAUGUAAAAAUUGUCUAUUAUUAUGAAGGUGUAUAAUAACAAGGAUCAGUUCAUUUUUAAGAAGAAAAAAAAAAAUCAAAAUUUUUAAGUCUAAGUGUUUGCCAAUUACAAGAUAAAUGUUUUUUUUACGUAAUAACGUAAUUUUUUUUUUGACUAUAAAGUCCAAAAUCCAACCACAAACUUGACAUUUUUUAGUUUUUGGUGUCAAAAUUCAAGCCUUUUUAAACUUAAAAUUUCAAGUUUUUUUCUUUUAAAUUUACAACCUUUUGAACCCAGAAAUUCUGAGUUUGGUCCCUUGUAAAUAUCAGACUUCAUACUCUCUAAAAUGGCACAAAAAUGAACAGUUUCUCUUCAUUCUUUUUAGCUUUGAGGUUGGCCCUAACACAUUAUGUUUCAUGGUUUAAAAAAAUAUUAGGGCUGUCAAAGUUGACGUGUUAAUGCGGAUUAAUCCAUCAUCAUGAUUAAUCUGAUCAAAAUUUUUAAUGCAAUUAACCCAUCUACAGCACAGAUUGACUCAAAAUCCCUGAAGCAUCUCUGGCAACGCAUUUCGGGCAGUUUAUCCAAGUAGGGUUACCGCCGAGCAUGCCGCUGCGCAUGCGCAAAUGGGCCAUUGACAAAAUAGUGACCAACCAACUCAAUUUGGAAGACGCUAAACAGCAAGUUGGCCCUCUAGAUGGAAAAUUUGAGCACAAAAAAAAAAACAAAAACAAAACAACAAGGCGGAACAGUCAACCGACAUAAAGUAUUAUGCACAUUCUGCAGGAAGGAGUUUUCUUUUCACCGAAGCAUUUCCAACUUAAAAUACCACAUAUGUAUGUAGGCUACAUCUAAUUUUGACAACAUCAGAGCAGACAGGGUCCUGCGCCCCCUCCCCCUGAGAUCUUUAGCGUCCAGCCUCACCCUCAGAGUUUUUCACAUGGAUAUAGGUAACCUGGGUUAAAGCUCUAAAUGGGAUCAUUAAAGUAUUUUUCGGCUCUUAGAAGAAGCAGCAUGUUAACAGGAGGAGGCCAGCCUACAGGGUUGCCAGGUCUGGGUGACAUAUCUAGCCCAGUGGUUGAUAAAAACUAGCCCAACACCAAGCCCAACGCUGAAAUUCAAAAUAAGCCAUCCAAACCUCUGCCAAACCACAUUGUAUUGCUUGUGCACAUGUAGGUGUGCUGCUUCUGUGUGUCUAUGUGCCAGAGUGGCACUGCAGAUCUUUGGUUGCGUGCCAUGUUCUAUGUUUUCCUGCUUCUCUGAUGGCUGAUAUAGUUGUAUUUGAAGGUAAAUAAAGUAGUUUAUUCUGCUUUGGAUAUUAAAUAUACAUACACAAGACAUCAAAAGUGGGUCCGCUCAACCCGCGGACAAAAAAAUCGAACCACGGCAGUACGUAAAUUCUGUGGCACCUGGCAACCCUGGCAGCCUUAAACUGCCCUGGACUGAGAGGAGAGUGGUGAUAAUACUUCAGUUUCAGGUGUUUUAAUUUUUUAAUGUAGGCUAAUUUUAAUUGUCAGGCAAAAUCUAUGUUUUCAUGGACCACUUGUAAUCAGAAUAAAUACUUUAUCUGAUUAAAAAAUGCCUCAUUGGACUAAAAUUCUACGAUUUGGCUCAUUUGGAAAGAAAUUUCAUUCGAUUUCUUGCCAGGCAUAUAUCAAUUUUAAUUCUUACAUUUUAGAGCGCUGGAUGAGCUCCCGUCUCUACCAGCCCCCAGCCAUGCAUCUGUGCGUAAUUACGCAGACAAUAGUGGAUUAGGUUGAUUAUUUAAAUCUCCAGACAUGCAGAUUGAUUAUGAUCAGAUACUACUCUCCUGGUUUAUAAGGUUAAUUUAUUUAGAGUAAAUCACUCCUCUUCCUGAUAAACCCCUAACCCAAUCACUGCUGUCUAAAUAUAUUUCACCUUUAAAAAGCUAUUUUAUUUAUUUCCCCACCAGUUUCCUUUUUUUCUCCCCUGAAUAACAGCACUUUUUCAGCUUAAUUCUACCUCAUUAUUUUCUAAUUGAUAUACCAGUGUACAGUGGGACUUUGAUUAGUGCUGAAGGCAGCCUGUCUAUUUUACUUUUAAAAUGAAUUGAUAAAGAAAUGCAACAAGGAAAUCAGUUGAAAGCUUGUACAUAAUUUAAAAGGCAGUGUUGCUCACACAGAUUGUCUGAGAUUUGGUUCAAUAAAUUUUAAAUGCUAUAUCUAUCUGACACCGUUAUGUUCACGCUGCACGGUGACUCCACACUGAGUUGAAAACGUACGUACACGAGCUCAGCCCUGGCGUGGGAUCUGAGCGUAUCUUAUGCUCACAUUUGGAUUGGUAAAUGGCGAUCUGUGCAUAGAGAUGGGCUUACACCCAAAUUUCUGGGUCAGUGUAUUUGCAUGUACUAUCUAAACUACUAACAGUGACAAUGGUGCUAUUAACUGGCCUAAUUGAGCUAUAACUGUAGCUCCACUUAAGCUGCAAGCUGAUAAGCUGCUUUAUAUCUUUGGAGUUUCCAUACUUUUCUGCCCACAACUCUAAAAAUUGCAAAACAAAUUUUUGAUACAGACAAACCUUUUUUGAUAAAAUACAAUAAUUGUCAACCCCUGCACUGACAGUGUGGAGAUGCUGGAGUCCUUAUGCCUCUAGCUGGCUCUUUUGGCUGACUCCAUAUAAGGGAUGCGGAAAAUUUAUGCGGAUGAUUUAGGUGCUGACACUACAGUCAGGCAAAGCCUGAGCACUCACGCUGUUGAUUGAAGUCAGGAUGAACCGUGACAAACAUCAGUGUUUUCUUUAAAAAAGUUUCACUGACAAAGUCAGAUCUUUUGUCUCAUUUCCGCGCUUUAAAAGCCACACACAGCGACAAAACCACUCACCAUCUCUCUCUCACACACACAGCAUCACCAGCAAACACAACCAGCAGCUAAAUAAUAAAUAUUCUGUGUCAAAUAGAGGUCUGCAAGUCUGUUCUUGCCUUUUUCCUGCUCCCCUACGUUGUUCAUUCUAGCAAGGGGAUCCAUCUGACCAGUCAGGAGCAGCUGGUCUGCCAUAAUGUCCCUCUGUACACUAAAUUAGAAAUAACACAAUUCAGCAAAAGUUGGUGCAACCUCCAAGUGGGUCAUGUGACUCAGAAGUAUCUAAGACUCUCACAGUGUACAGCUGGGUUAAACUGUUAGUCACACCCCUUGGUUGCUGGUACCAAAAUUAGAAGUUUGUUAAACUAUUUUUAACACUUCAGGCCGACAAUCCCAGACAAAUGCUCCAUCUGAUUGUAAUACAGCUGACGGCCACUAGUGGCCACUGUAGCUGUUUCUGAUAAGUACAGCGUUGCUGCCACUGUUCUCAUUAACCCGAUGUAAACAACUGUGAACUGAUAGUGCCAAAAGUAUUGCAUAGUAACGGCAUGUUUUAGUUCUAUUUUGGUCUAAGAAAGUCAUUUUAGAUUUACAUUAAAGUGAAGCAAUGAAUGACAAUAUUAAAACAGGAAUGUGGACAUAAACUGCUAAAGGGAAUAAAGGGUUGGAGGUGCUCCAAUGUCACAAUCUUGAGAAUUGUAUAUAAAAUGUGUAUUCUUGACUUCAGACUAGUCCACUGGUUCCCAAACAAAGUCUGUGCACCCCUUGGGGAGAUGCCAAGAUGUCAGGGCCUGUCUGCCCUGAGGAUGUCAACAUUAGACGUUGAAAUAUUUCUAAUCAUGAUUAGAAACAACAAAUAAGUAAAAAUAUAUUUCUUUUUAAGAUUAUAAGAUGUGUUUUUAAAAAGGACCAAACUCAGAGUUUCCAUGUUUAACCCUCUCAUCCCUAGGCCCCAUAUCUGGGGCUAGCUCUCUUCUGAUGAAAACCUUUAAAAGGCAGUCUCAAAAUCCAUGGACGGAGUCUUGUCACACACAGUUUAAAGCCCACAGAUCACAGCAAACUAGCAAAUACAACAUUUUCACCUAAACAAAACAGCUCAGACCACAACCAGUAGAAUGAAAAGAUGUAAAAACAUAAAGUUCCUCUAAACACAGUACUUUACUGCAAACAAGGCACCCUCAAUACUUUUCAGUAUUUCAUGCCAGUGAUACUGAAGAAAUUUACUCUAAAAAAUUUUAGAAAGAAAAAAAUCAGUUAUGUGAUUUUCCCUCUUUAUUUACUAAGUCCCAGUAACUUCUACGGGGAUUUUACACGUCUGUUGAUAUCUGUAAAGACUUAUCUCUACAUUAAUGCCAAGCCUUUUCAUGUAGACUUUGUAGUUGCAGAGAAAUACUCAGUUGUAUUUGGGACUGGCAUUUUAAAGCUUGAACACUGAAAAAGGGGCUAGGAAUGACAGGGUUAAAAGGUCACAUAUUUAGACUUUAUAAACACAAAAAUUUCAAAGUAGAACAUUUACAGAAAACCAAACUGAAAACAGUGGUUGGAUAGCCUGAUAGAUCGUCUCUUCUAAGUCCAGAUGGUAAUGAUAGUGUGAUGAUUCUGUGCUAAAAUAAAAAAAUAUCUUCUUAUUGAUCUGCUCCAUUAAAAAGUAUCAGUUGAUCAGGCUUCAACUGCAGUACUUUUGCAAGAAAAAACAGCUUCGUCUGAUUUUCUCCUGCAUAGUCGACAAUUUUUCACUGUAUAGUCUUUGAAAUUCUAAGUUGUGGUUCACAUAAAUGUAUGACUUUUUAAGUAAAAAUGUUGAGGUUUUUUUUUUUCAGGACUUUAUCAGCUUUUGAAAAACAUCAUCUUUUCUUUUUAGUUUUAAGAAUAGUGCUAAUAAACCUUCGUAAUGACGUAAUGAUGGGAAGUUUACAUACUGUAGAGGAUUUUUUUGUUUGUUUGUUUUUUGAUAUGAUUAGGGGCCUAAAGAAAAAUUGGUUGGGACGCACAGGACUAGUCUACACAAUAAUAACAACAAUUGUAUUUAAUUGGAUGUGAAAUUAUUCUAUAAUCCUACAUCAGGUAGAUUUGUGGCUCAAUCUUAAAUGUCUGAUUGCCAGUUGCACAUUGAUCCAGAUAUCUGUUUAUAGAGACCAAUAAAUCAUUGUUAGAUAGCAUUAAUAGGGCAGAUAAUGUCUUGUUUUUGUUGCCCAAACAGGCUAUUUCUCCUGCAUAAACCAGUCUAGUAUAGCUCAAAGGAAGACCAGAACACUUCUAAUGCUGUAAAUCCAGACCCUUGCACUGAUUUCUCGUAGAACCAGUAAAUAUGUGAUCAGUAAUCCUCUGCUAAGUGAAAGAGAUGAUGAUUUGAUGGUCCUCUCUGGUGUGAUCAGGCCUCCUGUUUAAAAUCUCUCCUUUUCUUUUUGCACUUUCUGAAGAGUGAAUCCGAUCUGGUUCUGUCACAUCGAGUCAGCGCAUUUUUAAUUUACAUUAUAAUUUUUUACAAUACUGAACUGCUGUGUAUAUUUUUGUACUUUAUUGUAUUUUACCAUUUUUGUUAUUAAUUUAUUCUGUUAUUUAUAUGAAAGCUGUAGAGAAUGUUUCUUAAUGUCCAGAUUAUUUAAGGAUAUUUUUGUCAUGUUUAAGUUAUUUCAUGAUGUGUGUGAGUUCUUUCUGUCCUGGCUUUUUUGACGAGAGAAACUUUGUAAAAUACGUUUGGAAAAAUGAUUUUACCGUAAUUUAAGAAUGUAGACGUAGCCUCUGUGAGAGGAACAAACCCCUUUGUUGAUAAUGUCCCCUCUGUGUGUAUGAAGACUCAGAUCUCAGCAGACACUCUUUCUGUAAAUAAGCCGAGUUUACUGACACGCUUAUUUAAAAAACCGAGGGGAUUCCUACUCUUAGCUUUGACCUCGUACGCUUGUUUGCAUGUUCAGCAUUCGUCUUUUCUUUGCAUGUCGUCGUUGGAAUUGUUCUCCCGUUCCCUUUUUCUCUCCACUUAUUUAUGUAUUUCAGUUCUUUGUGUGCAUUUCUUUUAAUUUGCCUUUUUAUUUUGAUUUCCUUUCAUUUCUUUCGCCGUCCUCUGGCCCUCUUCCUCCUUUUUGAUUACUGCGUUCACACGCAGUAACCGUGCAAUGCAUCCUCCUUACUCGUUCUCUCAAAGAGGGAGCUCUCCGACGGCCGGCUCGCUCGCCAGCUGGGCAUCCAGUUUGGUCGUCAGAGAGAAAAAUUAAAGCAAUACCUUUCAUUGUUCGCUUUCCUCUUUUUCUACUGGGGGAAUCCAGAGCACACAGAAUGGACUCGGAGCACGGAGCGCUACUACUGAGCAGGAUAAC